AUCAUGAGGAGUUUACAUUUUGCAAGCUUAAAAAGAGUGUUGAAGUGUCGGCUGCCAUAUUCAUUGAAAGCUCAGAACCUAGUUCGCCAAAGUUCAUCUUUCUUCUUAUGUCAGAGCAAAGGUACACUGCAUUCAAAGAUUUCAUAUUGUUCAAUCAACAGUAGAAACCUGUCUUCGAACGCUUCAUCGGAUGUGACGACUGAUAUAAGAGAUGGCGGUAAAUCACUGGCCAUUGAUUUCAAACAGAAAGAACCGAUGAUAUUUCCUAGUGUAUGGCUGAGAUUUAACUGUCAUUGUCCAUCGUGUAAACAACAGCACAGUGGUCAGAGAUUGGUGGAUGUAGCUGAUAUUAAUAUUGACACGCUAGUCAAAUCGGCAGAGACUUCAGAAAAUGGUGACGUACUGCACAUAGAAUGGACGGAUCACAAAGGACAGAUUCCUAUCAAAUUUCUAAAAGAGAAUAAAUUGUCUGUCAGUGGAACUGGAGACAAAUUUUCAUGGAUCUUAGAUGAUGAUUUGACGAUUACAAAAAUGACGUACAGUGAUAUGAUAUCAAGUGACACUAACAAAGCACGAUUUUUACGUGAAAUAAACGAACGUGGUUUGUGUCUCCUCACAGGCGUUCCUACAGAAGAAGAUAUGGUGGCUCGGGUAGCCGAAAACUUUGCUCCAGUACAACGUACAAUAUAUGGAUUAACGUUCCCGGUUCGAGCUGUUCCAAAUCCAAUAAAUAUUGCUUAUUCUACUGCAUAUUUGCCCCUUCAUAAUGACCUAUAUCAAUAUGAGUCUGGACCAGGAUUAUUUUUUCUGCAUUGCCAAGAGUUUGAAGAAUGUGUAGAAGGUGGUGAGAGUAUUCUUCUUGAUGUCAAUCGUGUAGCUGAGGAAUUCAGAAUUAUACAUCCAGAAGAUUUUAAAAUCUUGACCCAAAAUGCAGUCACAAUUCAAAAAGUUCAUUAUGAAAGAGACUGGCCAGUUGAUAUGAAGUACAAAAGACCACACAUAAAACUCAACGAUAAGGACGAGAUUGUUGCAGUAUGUUGGGCACCACCCUUUGAGGCACCAUUUUCGGGUAAUCUGGAAAAUGUUGAGUCAUACUACAAGGCAUACCAUAAGUUUGCAAAGGCUAUAAAAUACUCACCUAAUAUUUUCAAAUUCAAGUUAAGGCCGGGAGAUUGUAUAGUAUUUAACAACAGGAGAAUUCUACACGGAAGAGAAGAGUUCGUGUCAAAUGGGGGUAGCAGAUAUCUUCAGGGUUGCUACAUAAAUAUUGAUGAAUUCAAAAGUCAAGUGAAGGUAUUGUGUAAAUUGUCGGGAGACCAUAGACCGAUUAAACCUGUUGGGAACGGGUGCUGGAUAACAAGUUAACUUUGUACAAACAUAUACUAUGUGUAAUAUUGUUUAUGCAAAAACAACAUCAAUAACAAAGAGUAUAUACACGCUUUACAAUGAUAACUGGUAAUUGUAACAAUCAAAAAAGUAUCAUAUACACGUUACCAUGUACGUAAACAUUGUUUUCUUUUUGGAUAUGACAACAUGGACUGUGCAACCGUGACUGAUAUUGGAUAUAAUCACACAUGGCUCAUUCAUGACGAUUUCUAUUUGUUGUAUUACACAUGCAAUUGUCUUUAACAUUACAUCUUGUAUUCCCUUUUUAAAAUCCAAUAAA